AUGGUAGACGUCAUGCUUGAAAGUGGAGUCCAGUUUGCGUGCUUUGGAAACCAUGAAGCAGACGUUGGCUUGCCAGCACUGAAGAAGCGCUUAGAGCGUUGGCAUGAACGUGGCGGGGUUUGGAUCAACACCAACAUGCCCGAUCUCCUUCCAGAGCUCCAGCUUCCAAGCUAUGCAAGUGUCGUUGGCCUCUCCAAGGAUGGGCAUAACUCCAGACAAGUUUGCCUAGUUGGAGUUUGCACCAAAGAUCCCAGCCUUUACAAUGCGCCGGAUGACUUUGGCGGUGCUGUUUACACAGCCUUGGACUGCAACGAGGCAGCGCUCCAGAAAUCUCAAACCUUGAUGGAAGCACACGUGGAGGACACCGAGGCCCAGAAGGUUGAUGCGGUCGUAGCUUUGACACAUCAAGAUCUGGAGGUGGACAUUGAGCUUGCCAAGAAGGCGACUGCGGCGGGGAUCUAUGCUGUCCUUGGAGGACAUGACCACACUGAGUAUGCAAUGAGCCACAAUGGAUGUGCCUUGCUGAAAGCUGGUAUGGAUGCGAAGAAUGCUGCUGUCAUGGACCUGUUUUGGAACACUGAGGACACGGUGCCUUGUGUCGACUCGUUCCAGCUGAUCUCCUUGUCCAAGUUCACCAGCAGCAAAGCAGUCUACAGGUCUGUGGAGAAGCACAUGCGAAAGGUGUGGAAGAUGGAGCGAGAAAAGGCACUGGUACAUCUGACCGUCUUCCAGACCUUGAUGUCUUCGAAGGACAUUCGCAAGAAGCAGACGACUUUGGGCUCUUUCCUUUGCAGUGCUUUGAGAGAUGAGUUGGAGGUCGACUGCGUGCUCUUUGAUGGCGGCAAUAUCCGAGGGGACCGUGACUACGAGCCGAACCCGGAGCACUACCUGGGUUCCAAGUGGACCUUUACCUUGGCCGACUUGGAGCAGGAGCUCCCGUGGUCUUCAGAGAUGGUCAUCAUCGUCCUGCCGGGCAGUCAGCUCAGCCGGGCUGUCCAGGUGAGCCGGACUGUGAAGCUUGGCUCUGGUGGCUUUCUGCAGACGGAUGGCGGCAUCCACGUGGAUCCCACCACCUCAGAGGUGAGGUGUGUCGGGAACGAGACGCUGGACCCUUCAAGAAUAUACCGCAUAGGUGUCAUGCACGCCAGCCUGGCGGGCAUGAACGACAACCCGGUCUUUAAGGAGUGGAGCAAGACGCACAUCAUGCCGCAGGAGGAUUCUGGGAAGCCAGCCAAAGAGCUGCUCAAGAAGCAGUUUGCUCGACGCAUGUGGGACAAAAUGCCAGAGUUCCAUGAAAUCAAUGUAUCCAAGACUGGCAUACUCUCCAGAGAGGAGGUGCGGAACGCCUAUGUUCAGACCUUCACACGCUGUGCUGAAGCUGUUGAUGCAUCGAUGGAUCAGCUGCUCUCUGUCGCGGAUGCGGAUGAAACUGGUGAAGUGACACCAAGCAACUACGAAGCAAUCUUCAGGCUGCCAACUUGGAUCACACUCAGCCAUUUCACCAAGGAGCAGGCCAUGUCAUCAAAGAAGUCGUCCUCACAGCAGACGAAGAUGGGCACAUUCCUUUGCGAUGCUCUCAAGAGCGAAUUAGAGGUGGACUGUGUCCUUUUUGACGGUGGCAACAUCCGAGGAAAUCGGGACUACAAUCCGCAGCCAGGGCAUCACCGGGGCACAAAGUGGGCCUUCACCGUGGCAGACCUGCGACGGGAGUUGCCUUGGCCAUCGGAGAUGGCCACCGUCGAAAUGGAGGGCCGACACAUCAGCGAGGCAGUCCAGUGCUCUCGCCAGCAGGUGGUCUCCCCAAACCGCCGGCUUGGAAGCAAGGUGCCAAACAUCGCGGGCCUCUUCAAGCGAAUCGAAAGCUCCCACCAGGUGGAGGGUGGAUUUCUGCAAUGUGACAGUGGCAUGCAGGUGCGGCGCGACUACUCGGUUAGCCAUAUCAGCAAUGAGACAUUGGACCCGGAGCGCAGGUACAAGGUGGCUGUGCUUUACAAUGCCUUGAUGGGCAUGAACCAAAAUCCUGUCUUUGAGAGAUGGCGCAGUGAACCAGGUCAUCGAGUUUCCAUGCCAUGCCCUCUAGCUCGAGAGCUUCUGAUGCGACACUUCCUGCGAAGACUCUGGAAGUUGACACAGGAGUCGCUGGACAUCAAGCAGGACGAAGAUAUUUCCCGCGACAAGCUGUUGGCUGCAAUAUCGAAGGUUUGGCCAAGAGCAGGAGGAAAUACGCGGCGAUCUUUGCUGAGAAGGCUCCUUGCGACUGUGGUCACAGAAGGUGGAGCAGGUCGUGGUUUCAAGAGUUCCGGCAUCACGUACAAGGAGUAUGUGAAGACCCUCUCAAAGGUGGAGCACGAGCUUGUGGAGGGCAAAGACUACGACAAAGAGAUCAAUCAACAAUACCUCUCAGGACCUCACACCUGA